UACUGAAUCUAUUUUUCUCUGUUCUGUGUUUACAUUGAGGAACGGAUGCUUUAAACAGCUGAGACACGGAAGUAAAGCGUAAUCGAUAAGUGAAGGCUGUGUUGUGCAUGUAAAUACUAAACCGUUGUUCAAGCCAUAUUCAAUACAUACAGUGUAUAAAGCACUGUGUUCAACACUGACAAACACAGGCCUGCAGUUUCAAUGCAUUUCAGAGUACUGAAAACUCUCCGGCCAUGGACUCAAAUGAUUUGUUUACAAGCUGCAGGAAGGGCGACGUUUCAAGAGUUAGGUACCUUGUCGAACAGAGAGAUGUGGAACUGAAUGUCCGAGAUAGAUGGGACAGUACCCCAUUGUAUUAUGCAUGCUUGUGUGGCCACGAGGAGCUGGUUCAGUAUCUGCUGGGGAACGGUGCGAAAUGUGAGGCGAACACGUUUGACAGAGAACGCUGUUUGUACGGCGCCCUAAGUGAUACGAUCCGGAGGCUACUGAAGGAAUACAAGCAGAUCACAGCCAAGGGAAAGCAGAGGGAUUACUACGAUGACUUCCUGCAGAGACUUCUUGAGAAAGAUAGAGACAGUGAUAUUGUGUUCAUCGUCCACGGAAAAACCUUCACCGCUCACCGCUGCAUCCUCAGUGCGCGUUCCGACUACUUCAAUGAGAUGUUUGAAACGAAGUGGAAAGGGAAGAGCAUCAUCGCCCUGAAACACCCGCUGAUAAAUCCAGCAGCCUUUUGCUCAAUUUUGCAGUACUUUUAUACUGGUCGUUUAGACAUUGAUGUGGAGUAUGUGGAGGACUGCAUACGACUUGCCAAGCAGUGCAAAAUAGAUGACCUCAUAGAGGAACUGGAGAACAAAUGCAAAAAGGUCUAUGAAUUUGUGUCUUCCAAGCCGGGGACCUGUGUGAAAGUCCUGACGCUGGAACCGCCGAAUAAUUUCCAGCUCCAGGAGGACCUAGCUAUAUUAGCGGACUGCGCGUUGCCUGCUGAACUCAGGGUGGGAUUUGGGGAGCUGCCCUUUGACAGAACUGACAACUUUACAAGCUCCCCUGACGUCUGUUUCAGAGUUGAAGGCUAUGACUUCCUGUGUCAUAAGGCCUUUUUCUGUGGCCGCAGCGAUUAUUUCAGGGCGCUGCUGGCGGAUCAUUUUUGCGAGAGUGAAGCGUUGCAGUCUCAGCCCAGCAUCCCUGCAGUGACCCUGCACAACAUCACAAAGGACAUCUUCAUCAGGGUCCUGUAUUACAUCUACAGCGAUGACACAGAGUUGUCUCCAGAGAAUGCCUAUGAUGUGCUGUGUGUGGCCGACAUGUACCUGUUGCCAGGGCUGAAGAGGCUCUGUGGUAAAACGUUGGCACAGACGCUCCACCAAGACAAUGUUGUCAACAUCUGGAAAACAGCCAAACUCUUCCGCCUGUCGCGGCUUGAGGACCAGUGCACUGAAUACAUGGCCAAGAUCAUAGAGAAGCUGAUAGAGACGGAGGAGUUUGCAGAGGCGAUCAAGGAGGAUGCAGAUUCAGUGGAGGCACGGCAGGAGACCGACUCUAUCCCGCUCAUCGACGACAUCCGCUUUCACAUCACCAGCAACGUGCAGACCUACAGCGACAUCGAGGAGGCCAACCAGAAACUGGAGGCCUUGGAGCAGCUGCUGGGCAGCAUCGGACUCGACUGCUGAGGAGCGGCCUGAGAGCAGCAUAAAUUUUCAGCUAUUAUAAACUAGCCAAAAUUAUAAUAUUAAGCUUUUAUUUAUGGAUGAGAGCAGAAAUAAACCCUAGUCCUCCUCCCCCUCCCACUUCCAGGACAUUUUCCUUAGGAGUCCUUGGUCUCUGCGCAAAUCCCUCAACCUUAUUUAGAUUCCACCAGUUCCUUUAUGCAGUCGUACCUCACUGCUAAAACAGAGGGGUACAGAUCUUAUCUGAGGGUGCUUAUACGAAGUGAUGAUAGUGACUAGCCAAAAAAUUCUAGUAACCUGAUACCAAAUCCUGCAAUGAGUAGCCCCAGUGCAUUGGAAAACAGGUGGGCCUUGUCCAGUGUCGAAGGCUUCUUUGAUUUGUGCCACUGUAAGUGUGUAGCUCGUCACUUUGUCUCAUAGUUUGGCAGGCUUGAAGACUCCAAGACUGUCUUCAUGGUCAUAUUGGCCAAUGCAAUUAAGUCCCUGAGAUCCGACUGCUUAGUUGCUCAACUGUUUUCACAUACAUUUGUGUACAUUACAGGGAUUUUCAAAUUUUAUAACAUUUUAUUGCUAAUGUUUUGGCCGUUAGUUAUAAAAUUAAAAUUUGACGAUCAAGAAUGAAGUGAAAUGAGUGCAGAUUUUAAGGUCUGUUUUAAAGCAGUUUUGCAGAUGUAUUAAACUACUACAGUAGUAGUAGUAGUGGGGAGAAAAAAAAAACUAGGCAUUUAAUACAGUUUGUUUUAUAUGAAUUUAAAUAUUUGGUUAAUAUUUUGGUAGGUCCCAAAAGCCACAACCCUGCUUUUCGGAAGUCACAAAACUGUGAAGUGGUCUUCACUACUUCAAAUAUGUAUGAAAUAAUGUGUUUAUUUGUUAACCCAACAUUUGCUAAAACAGAUAGAGAAGUUGCCUGUAAAGAUGUUUUAAUCAAGAAACCAAUAGGAUUUUAAUUUCCCGGUACCUUAUUUUUUUCCUAGCAUUGUCACAAAAACCCAAAACAUUAUAUCAAGCCUCUCAUUUGAUGACUAUAACAUGGGAGAAUUUCACAAAACCAACAAUACCAUGUAUAUUUUAAUCACAAUGUUAUAAAACUGGCAAUUAAUACUUAAGAGCCUUGAAUGAAACUCCUGAAUUUCUAGUUUUGUAACACUCCUUUCAAAAGAGUGAUUAUGAAACUGCAGACAAUGGUUUAGAGAUAUUUGGUAGUUAAACUGUAGAUAAUACAAUGCAUUCUUUGAGCGAGGCAAACGCUAAUUUAAGCAUGUUGGAAGAAUCAAUUGGGUAAGUAAAGGUUUUGACCUUUCUAUUGUAAAAUAGACUGGGAACUAUGAGUUGUGUGACAUAGCCUAGAUUACGGAUACAUACAGUAAAGAUUUGUCAGGUAACUUGUAUAUAUAAACUAACCAAUAAGCUAAUGUGUACAAUUACUUAGGAUUAUUAUUUCUGUAGAAAACUAAUUGUCUAAAAAGGGAUCUUCAGUUUAUUAACAUCAUUUGACAGCACUUGGCAGUAAAAGCACAGGAUGGCUAUAUUCAUGUAAUUGCUUCUGCUGUUCUAGUAUUAACAUAAAAGCUAUUAUACACACACUGUAUUUAAACAAACCAAAAAAAAAAGCAUUUGAAGAUGUUUGGAAAUAUGAAUAAACUGGGUCAAAUAUACA